AUGCACUCGAGCCCAAGAGUGGCGUUUAUUAUUCCACUUUUUAUAGUCCAUUGUUGGAGUUGGAAUCUUGAUGUUCCGGAACACUACGGCCCCAUUUCUGAAGCCGUGAUUGUGCUUGGUCGUGUCUGGUCGAGAAAGGAUGAAUUAACCCUGAUACUCGCCGGCGACAACGGUGCAUUUGUUUCUUCUCUUUUGCCCUCUGGAAAGCUCUGGAUCCAUAACGCGGAUGGCAACAGAAUUGAAGAUGCAUUCGAGAAAAUCAAUUACCCUGUACUCAUUAAGGACGCAGUAACUGGCCAAGCCUUCUAUAAUUGUCCUGCCUUUGCAGUUCAGCGAUCAUCAGAAGAUGACUUUGUUGCAGAUUAUUUUAUGAACAAGAUGAUAAAGUCGGUUGGUAGCGUCAAAUUUCUCGUCCCACUGGGAAUAGAAUUUAUGAUGCCCGGCGGAAAUCGAGGCGAGUUUUUACUUACGCUUCAGGGGAUUUCAAAUUUGAUACCCGACUUGGACAAAUUUUUUGACUCAAUCAUACUCGUCCCGACGAGAGCACAUAGCACUCGGAGCGAGGCAGAAAUUUACACCAAGAUCCAACUUUUUUUAUCAGAGGUGGAGGGCUUUCUAAAAACUGAAAUCCACGAACAAAGUCAGCCACAGAUUCGCGAGGAAAUGACAAGAUUUCUUAACCUAACAAGCAAUUUCUGUCGACCGGAUAGGGUUGUUAUUUUCAGGGAGCCGAAUAAGAAAGGGCUAGUCAGUGCCAACAGAAUUAUACAGGGAAGCAGGAAAAAAACAUGGGCAAUUCUGGAAAACACACCGUUCGUUACUCUUCAACCUGGGGAUUUCACUACUACGGCCAUUCUAAAAUCGGAUGGCGAAGCCAAGAAGAUGCUGGAGGCGAUAGUUGAACAAAUGAAAUCGAUCAUAAAAACGCAACUCGUCUCUCUAGAAGAAAUUGUAAACCUGUCCCAAGCCUCGCGGGACUUUCUGAGGGCAGCAAAAUUGUUGAGAAAUAUGCUACAAGUGCUGCAAGAAACUAAACAAAGAUGCUGAAGGCUGGAAAAUGGACCGAACUGGGUAAACUAUU